UUUGAAGGAGAGGAAGAUGGAUCGAUCCUUUCUUCCUUACUUCCUUAAAGGGACUUUUCUCAGGAAACAAUAGGGUGGUGGCAAAGUAGUUGUGCUAGUUUCAAGCGUACUGUAGUGACUUCCUGUUCCUGUCUUUGGGGCCUCACACCCACACCCACACCACACCCACACCCCCCUCCACGAAAAUGGAGCCUGGGCGCUGCUCACCUCAGAAGUGAGAAGCAGAAGUAACGGAUCAGAAGAGAAAGAAUUUCACUUUCUCACAACAGGCAAAGAUAGCUGAGAAGAAACCACUAAGACGGCUUGGCGGAGAUGUUACACACACACUUCCUUUUGCUAUUUGGAGCUGAGCUGCUGUUCCUUACAACAGCACUUUCUCUUGAAUGCACCAAAUACAAUGUAAAAACAUGUGAGGCAUGUAUCCAGUCUGGCCCUGGCUGUGCCUGGUGCAAGAAGCGGGACUUCACAAAAGUAGGAGAACCAGAUUCUAUUCGCUGUGACACCAUGCAACAGCUCCUGCAGAGGGGAUGUAAAGGGGAUAUUAUUUCUCCAGAAAGCUUUGCCCUUCAUGGUACUCCUGGUCUAUCAAGUAAGCAAAUCUACCCUCAGGAGGAGUACGUGCAGCUAAGACCAGAUCAACCUGCUAUUUUUAAUGUGACAUUCCGCCGUGAUCAGGAUUAUCCAAUAGAUCUUUACUACUUGAUGGACCUCUCAUACUCUAUGGAAGAUGAUCUUCAAAUUGUAAAGAAGCUAGGAGGAGACCUUCUUAAAGCUCUCAAUGAUAUUACCAAAAAUGCUCGGAUAGGGUUUGGUGCCUUUGUGGAUAAGACUGUGUUGCCCUUUGUUAACACUCACCCAGAGAAGUUGCAGAACCCCUGUCCGAGCAAGGAGAGCAAGUGCCAACCACCAUUCGCUUUCAGACAUGUGCUCAGCCUCACAGAUGACGUAAAGAGGUUUAAAGAAGAAGUGGGGAAGCAGGAUAUCUCAGGGAAUCUUGAUGCACCAGAGGGAGGACUAGAUGCCAUGAUGCAAGCUGCUGUCUGUGGGAAUAAGAUUGGCUGGAAGAAUGUGACUCGCCUACUGGUAUAUACUACAGAUGAUGGUUUCCAUUUUGCUGGGGAUGGUAAGCUUGGAGCCAUCUUAACGCCAUAUGACGGGAAAUGCUACCUGGAGGAAAAUAUGUAUAAAAGAAGCAAUGAAUAUGACUAUCCAUCAGUUGGUCAAUUGGUGCAAAAACUUAAAGAAAAUAAUAUCCAGCCCAUUUUUGCUGUUACCAGUAAAAUGGUUGAUACGUAUCAAAAACUCAGCAAGAUGAUCCCUAAGUCUGCUGUAGGAGAGCUGCAGGCGAAUUCAAAUAAUAUCAUCCAACUGAUCAAGGAUGCUUACAAUAAUUUGUCUUCCAAAAUUAUUUUAGACCAUGGACCUUUGCCAAACUUCAUCAAAAUCUCAUAUGAUUCUUUCUGCCCUAACAAAAUACAUACAAAGGAUAAACCAAGAGGGGAAUGUGACAACGUCAAGAUAAAUGAUGAGAUUACCUUCCGAGUGAAAAUUACAGCAACAGAGUGCAUUGAAAACCGGACGCUUACUAUCCAGCCUCUUGGUUUCACAGAUUCCGUCACUGUGUAUAUGCGUAGUCGGUGCAACUGUGAGUGUGAUGAGGAAAUACCAAAUAGUUCUGACUGUAGUGGACAAGGGAAAGUAGACUGUGGAAUCUGCAGAUGUUUUCCUGGAUUUACUGGAAAGAAUUGUGAUUGUAAAACUGGAGGUAAAUCUAGCAAGGAACUGGAAAAGGGUUGCCGAAAGGAUAAUGCCUCAGACAUCUGCUCCCGCCUAGGCGAUUGUGUUUGUGGGCAGUGUGCAUGCCACACUAGUGAUGAUCCCAAAAAGCUGAUUUAUGGUACUUUCUGUGAGUGUGACAACAUGAACUGUGAGCUUCACAAUGGUCAACUGUGUGGAGGGGAAGAACGAGGACAGUGUGAUUGUGGAAAAUGCAAAUGCAACGCUGGCUAUGGUGGCAGUGCCUGUCAAUGCAGAUCUUCAACAGAUGGUUGUCUGAACGUCAAUGAAAAUGUGUGCAGCCUCCGUGGGCAAUGUCAGUGCAAUACGUGCCACUGUAGCUCUGGCUACCUGCCCCCAUUUUGUGAAGACUGUCCCGGUUGCCCGUCACCCUGUGCCAGAUACAUUUCCUGUGUUGAGUGUCUUGUCUUUGAAAGUGGCCCAUUUCAGAAGAAUUGCUCCCAAGCGUGUUCAAACAUUACUCUGGGCAAUAAUGAGGUAUCCAAAAGUAAACCAUGCAAGGAGAAGGAUUCUCAGAAUUGCUGGAUCUAUUAUACUAUGUUGCAAUUGGACGGAGAAGAGAAGUAUUCUAUUUCAGUCAAUCGUGAGAGAGAGUGUCCGGUGCCUCCAAAUGUCGCAGCUAUUGUUGGGGGCACUAUUGCUGGGGUGGCCCUUAUUGGGCUGCUGCUCCUCAUGAUUUGGCGACUAUUGACAGAGCUGAUUGAUCGCAGGGAAUAUCGCCGAUUUGAGAAGGAAAAAUCCAAGGCAAAGUGGAAUGAUGCUGACAACCCUCUUUUCAAGAGUGCCACUACCACUGUUGUGAACCCCAGAUUUAACGGCCAGUGAAGUGGAACUACAGCAAUGCUAUGAUGCACAAAGGAACUUUUCAGGACUGAAAAAAAAGAUGAAGAUGUUAACAUUAUUCUCCACAGUCCUCCACUGUCAUUGUCAUAUCAUGCAUUUUCAGGAACCUUUUGUGUGGCUUUUGCAAACUUGCUUCUACCCCAAUGAUUAAAAAAAUAAAGUGCUCCUAAGUGCCAGGUUGCUCACUCUCUCGCCCCCCCCCCCUGGAAUUGUAUCAGCUUGCAUUUCUGUUUAUCCCACCUGCCACACCCAGAGCAACUGCAUCUUUUCCAUCAGCUAUUAAAGAAAUCAUCACUUGGAAUCUAAAUGGGAGUAAAACAAAUGGGGUGCUGAUUAAAGCAUGUAGACAGAGAAAAUAUUUGUUGUAACAUCCUUAAAAUGUAAGCAAAAUUGUUAACUUACAUUUAGAGCAGAUUUGGAGUUUAUUUUAAUGAAUCAUUUCACUGUUCAGGAACCCUACAUUAAAGUCAUGUGCAAAGUGGGAAA